ACUUGGUUAUCAUUCAUUGAGAGAGGAGCGUCGAUACAUUCUAUAGGUGGUGGUGGUGGUUUUUUUCCCCCCCCCCCCCCCCUCCCAGACUAGUGAUUCUUUGAAAUAUAUACAAGGUCAAAAAAGGAAAAGAGGAGGGACAAGGAGAAGGAGGAGUCUAUCACGUAUCUUCAAAAACGGGUAUCAUGAAGAUGACAUUCAAUUUUCCGUUGUCAGGGUCUAAGGGGAUGCCGUCGGCGGCCAUACGACGGACCUUUUUGGACGCAGGUUGUCAAAAUGGGGGUGGUUCAACGUCCAUACGACGAUCCUUUUUGGACACAUGUCGGCAAAAUGGGGGUAGUCAUGGCAGUGGCAAGGGUGGUGCGGUCAUUUCAGGAAAAGCCUACAGUACGAGAAAAGGACCACCUAGUGUUCUCUUUACCAAGAGGAGGUGGGAGCUAGAGCAGUCGGGUGCAAGGCCAGCGAUUGGCAGUGAUGGGUGCCAUGGUAGGCGGGGGCAAUACAUCAGCAAAGAAGCUUCGUCGAUUCUAAUGCUGAGCGGUGGGUCGCACUCCUGCCGCCGCACACUAACGGUCGCCCGAAAGUUCUGCAGUCUACCAUCAGCUGCGGAGCGAGCGUUGGAAAAUGGAGGAGACCGGUACUGCUUCACAAACUCCUCCUCCCUUGCCUGCCCCAGUGUGUGGGAUGUGAGGUUGUCGAAGUCGAUUGGUGUAGGAUGUGUUGCCAAGAGCGGGUACAGGACUAAGAAGAGUUUGAAAACGGCGGAGCAGAACGAUUCGUACAGGUUGUUGUCUUCACUUGAUCGCAACUCUUCUGGGUCGGGUGCAGAAGGACCCGCGGGUUCUGUCCUUGUGAAGCAAGAAGGUGUGAAGGACGGAGCGAAGACACCGAAGGAGGACUUGCCGGCCAAGGAGUCGGCAGACGAGCGAACAUCGAGCAGUGGGGCAGAUCUGACAGGGGAGCAGUUGUGGCAGGCAAUCCGGGAAGAAGCAAGGAGAGACUCGGAGUCAGAGCCGGCGCUCGCGAGUUUCCUGUACUCGACGAUCCUCGCACACCCAUCGCUCGAACGAGCGCUGGCCUUUCAUAUUGCGAACAAGCUAUGCUCGUCGACACUGUUGAGCACCCAACUUUACACGCUAAUAGCGGAUACCUUCAUGGAAGAUGCGGACAUUCGAGCAGCGGUUCGUGCCGAUUUGCAAGCCGUCAAGAGCCGCGAUCCCGCGUGCGUCGGGUAUUCCCACUGCCUGCUGAACUUCAAGGGCUUCUUGGCAUGUCAAUCGCACCGUGUGGCCCACCGCUUGUGGAACCAAGGGCGCAUCGCUUUGGCAUUUGCAUUGCACAGCCGAGUUUCCGAAGUGUUUCACGUCGAUUUCCAUCCUGCUGCGAAAGUGGGCCAUGGUGUCCUGUUCGAUCAUGCUACAGGCGUCGUUGUCGGAGAGACAGCAGAGAUUGGAAACAAUGUCUCUAUCUUGCAUCAUGUGACACUGGGUGGCACUGGAUCGUCCGGUGGCAUUCGCCAUCCAAGGGUUGGUGACGGCGUUCUCAUCGGAGCAGGUGCCACGGUCCUGGGACCCGUCAGAAUUGGUCAGGGGGCCAAAAUAGGGGCUGGGUCAGUGGUACUCAGUGAUGUCCCAGCCCAUUGCACUGCAGUUGGCAACCCUGCCAAACUGCUGGGAGGGAACCGUCCGAUUCAGCUCAACGAAAUUCCCAGCGAGAACAUGGAUCACACUUCCUUCAUUGAUUUGUGGUCAGAUUACAUCAUCUGAUUGAUUUCCGGUUGUUGUUCUUGCUGCAAAAAGGCCAGUGAGCAAGCCUGUCCCCGGUGAAGUUAGUUAUGCUUUGCCGAAUCAAGGUCACAACGUUCUUCUCGCCACACCAAGCAGCCCCAUCCGUUUCCCGUGCGGGUAAGUGUCUGGGUCCCACACGGAGGCUGCGUUCAAGCGUAGGCUGCGGCAAGUGCAUUCGCGUCCUUCUUGGAAGGCCACCUCCUGCAACUCAGCCCACCGCAUCGCACUGCGUCUCGUUUCUACAGUGACCUGCAUCGUGCUGCGUAUCGUUUGUACAGUGAGCCGCAUCGUGCUGCGUAUCGUUUCUACAGUGACUAGCACACAUCCGUCGCCAGGGGAUUUAUAGAAAGCUACCGUCGUCCCACAAAUAGAAAAAUGUAUAUGGUCAUUGUAGCUGCAUUUUGGGCAACUUUUCAGUCUAGAUACGGUCAUAAUGGUCAUAAGUUCCAUUGGGGCGGAGACGGUAGUGGUAGUCUGCAGCAGGUCUCGUCCUUACUGUCCCAAGAUGCUCGCAGCUCCUCUUCGUCUGCCCAAGAAUCGGGUUCGGGUUUGAGUGGCGUUCCACGGAGAUCAGACUCAUCAGAUGGCUGUUGGCAGCCUGUAGGGUCAGCGGCAUUUUUGGGAGCAGGCCUUAGUGGUCGUACUCUCGGUUCCUCGAUGUCAUCUCCUGCGAUGUGGCCUGCUCACACACCAGGUUGUUGGAGGCGGCCUUCUACUGAGGCCAGAGUGCGGUGGGCAGCGGCAUUUUCGGGAGCAGGUCUUAGUCGUUGUCCUCUCGGUUCUGGAGCAGGCCUCGGUGAUGCUCCUCUCGGUUCGGGAGCAGGCCUUAGUGGUUGUCCUUUCGGUUCGGCAAUGUCACCUGCUGCCAUGUGGCCUGCUCACCGGCCUCUUUUCACUCUUUUGGUAUGCUGCUGGGGGUGGAGGGGGGCGUCCACUGUAUGUACAGAAGUGUGACAGUAAGUAGGGGCAGCGGACGAGGUCAUUCAGCUGUGGGGUGAGGGGUGCCGGUUGGACGGGUCAAUCACGCUAUGGCGAGACCGUUGCCCAAGGAUUUCUGAAGUAAAUUUGUCUGAAGGGGUUAGACGUUGAGGACGAAGGGGGGGGGGAACAUAGUUUAUUGUUGGUGUGGAUUCGAUACUCGGUGCGGCAGGUAAUGGUUGCAGACUGGAUGCGAUGGAUAACGAGGACAGUGACUCCCUUGCCCCGUACUCUUGGGGCGGUAGACAAUCUUGUUCACAUGAGAAAUGAAGACAGCAACUUCCCUCGGACGGAAACUCUUGGGGUGGUGGGAUUCUUGUUCUCCUUGCUCACCAAUGAUGUCUUAAACCGGCUGUGCACGGCCGCAGCCUUGUGGACAUUCGUUCACCGGCUGCUCCAGACUUCUCGGGGCUUGGGGAUGCAGGACCACAAUGGCGGGCGACUCCAGCCCAAAAAGAAAAAAAGUGGGCCGGCCCCAGCCUUGUGGACAUUCGUUCACGGCCUGCUCUGGACUUUUCGGGGCUUGGGGCUACCGGACCACAAUUGCUGGUGGCUCCAGGCAAAAAAGGAAAAAAGUGCUGCAGGCUUGGCAAAGCUUGGUGGUUUAAGUAACAGGAAGGAACCUGCAUGUUGGGGUGGUAGAAAUCUUGUUCAGAUGGGUAAUUAGGACAGUCACUUCCCUCUGACACUCUUUAGGGUGGUAGGACUCUUGUUCUCGCUGCUCAGCAGUGGAGCAUCAAGUAACUGUGAUGAACAGAUUAUGAGUUCAAAUCCUGCACCUGGCAUACGUACAGUAACGCUCAUGGGCACUAGGUGGGCGACUCAGAAACUGAAGAGGUUGAAGAGGUGGUGAAGAAGGCCUGAUAGCUGGGCGGUACACAGUGCUACACACAUGUAACUGUGAUAAACAAGAUCAUGAGUUCAAAUCCUGAUGUUCAAACCAUGGUUACCAUCCAGAGUUCUGCACAGGCAUCCAAGAUUAUCUGGAUCUGGUUGUCUGUGUCAUGUUGUCUGGACUGGCCUCUCCCCGUCAAAUUAAAACAAACGAAGGGGGUUAGC